AUGCGCAUCUUCGCGCCCAACCACGUCGUGGCCAAGUCCCGCUUCUGGUACUUCGUGUCGCAGCUGAAGAAGAUGAAGAAGUCGUCCGGGGAGAUCGUGUACUGCGGGCAGGUGUAUGAGAAGUCCCCUCUGAGGGUAAAAAAUUUUGGCAUUUGGCUACGCUAUGAUUCUCGUAGCGGAACUCACAACAUGUACAGAGAGUACAGGGAUUUGACCACUGCUGGGGCUGUCACUCAGUGCUGUAAGUACUUGUAACCGUUUGAAAU